AUGAAAAUGGACAUGACUACUUCGACGAGCAGUUCCAUGCCCAUGUCAACUUCCAACUCCGGCGCUAUGGAUAUGGAGCAAAUGAACAUGGUUUUCUUCACUUCUACCAAGACACUCCUCUGGGCAAAGUCCUUCGCUCCCACAACGACGGGACAAUAUGCAGGUGUUUGCAUUUUCCUCAUUAUCUUCGCCACCAUAUUCCGCAUGCUGCUUGCUAUACGCGUCAACUUUUACAGCAUCAGGGAUGGUCUCAGGCGGAGGCGCACUAAAGGCCUGCUGGCGGAGCACCAAACUAGUGAGAUUGGCCAUCGACCAUGGAGAGCGAAUGAAGCUACAAUUCUGGGAGCAAUAGAUGUCAUUAUUGCAGGCGUGAGCUAUCUGCUGAUGCUCGCAGUUAUGACAAUGAAUGUUGGCUAUUUCCUCUCGGUAUUGGCCGGGGUAUUCAUCGGAAGUGUUGUCUGUAGUCGCUUUUCAGUGAAAUUUGGCCUAGAUUAG